CAGGAGUGCGCAGGCGCAGUGCGCAGCUCGACCCGGGCCUGCAGUAGUGGAGCGAUCAGCUCGUCAUGGCGCGGUUCCGUGUGUUCUCGCUCUCUAUCUCGCUGUUGUUUGUGGUUCAGUCCGUCGUGUCGAUCUCAUUUUACCUGCCGGUGCGCAGCAGAAAGUGUUUGCGGGAGGAGAUCCAUAAAGACGUGCUCGUUACCGGAGAAUACGAGAUCAGCGAGCAGCCGAACACGAAAACCAACCUGAAGAUCACAGACUCCUCUGGACACAUCCUCUAUGUGAAAGAAGAUGCAACCAAGGGCAAGUUUGCCUUCACCACAGAAGACUAUGACAUGUUUGAGGUGUGCUUCGAGAGCAAGUCACCUAUGGGAACUGGAAGAGUUCCUGACCAACAGAUCAACUUGGACAUGAAGCAUGGUGUUGAGGCCAAAAAUUAUGAAGAGAUUGCCAAGGUAGAGAAACUGAAGCCCCUGGAGGUGGAGCUCCGUCGGCUGGAGGAUCUUUCCGAGUCUAUUGUCAAUGACUUUGCCUACAUGAAGAAGAGAGAGGAGGAGAUGAGAGAUACUAAUGAGUCCACCAACACACGCGUGCUGUACUUCAGCAUCUUCUCGAUGUGCUGUCUGAUCGGUCUGGCCACGUGGCAGGUCUUCUACCUGCGCCGUUUCUUCAAGGCCAAGAAGCUCAUUGAGUAAAAUCUGCCUGGACAAUCAGGGACCCAGAACUACUUCCUGACAUCAGAACCUCCGGCCCCUGACAUUUGCUUUGCCUCGGCGAUCUGUUCUGGUCGCUACAGGCGACCUGAAGUUUAUCGGGAGUGGACGUGCAUCAGGGAAUUCUCUGGGAAGCGAUUGAUGCUUGACGGCCAAAUUGUCUUUCAGUGCGUGUACAUUUUUUGAUACAAGCUUGCUCAGUAUCAAUUGGAAAAAAAACACCCAGUCUUUCAAAUUUUGUUCUGAUUUCUUUUUUUUCUUUGUAUUUAUACUAAAUGACAGCACAAGCCCCUAUAACUGAUAAAAGAUGCGCUCCUGUGAGAGAAAUGUAUGUGGUCAUCUGUCGGUCAUUGAAUGUGUGUGUUAAUUAUUAUUUGGAAGGAUAGAAUGAUUGUGUCAGCCUUUAGUCACGAAGUUCUCAUGAACUGAUGUGUUUAGCUGUCUUUCAAACACAAGUAGAAAGACUUGUUUGAAAAUGCAACGCCAUUUUGUUAAAAUGAAGUCCCACUCACUGCAAGUGAACCGAGCGAACGCACAUCAGAGCUUCAAGCUGACAUAUACCAUUCUGACUUUGAGAAAUGUACUAAUUUUUUUUUUAAAGCAGUUUUAUUUUGGGGGCCAGAAUCUCAUUUUAGUUUGUUCAUGGGAAAGCCUGAGUUCAUCUGUAAUUAAAGUCUUUAUUUGUUGAUUGUUAGUAGUUAGUUUCUCCACAGACUGAAUAAAUGUUCAAUCCAGCAGGACUCCUGCAGUGGGCUUGAGGUUAAAGGUGUGUAAUGCCAUCAUUGCUGCCCCAUCAAUUCUGGUGUCUUUAAUGGUUUGAUUUGUUACAGGAUCUACCCGUAAUUAACAGAUCAAACUGGACUUUUAGUUUAGGAUUUUCUCUUCUUUUCAAAUGCUUUUAUGGAAUAGUGGUUACACACGUCCUGGGUGGAAGGUUUGGAUCAGAUUUAUUAUUAUUAUUUACUACCAGUGGUUUAAUUCUUUGCUCCAGUGUUCAAUCUUUUUCAGCAGCAAUGUUUUUCUUCUGAUUAAUUUUUGGUGAAAGUGGAUUUCAGAAAUAUAAUUGGCUUGUCAUUCAAUAAAAAUUGUUAGAAAAUAA